GCCACGUGGUGAAGCUGCAGCCUCCACAAAACACACAACUGUCGUCGCUCCUUGUCUGUCCCCUCACCGUGCAUGCCCGCCACACACACACGCACACACACACACACCUGCACGCACACACACACCUGCACGCACACACGCACAUGGUAGCAGACCCCGUGUUCAUAGUUCAGUGAGGUGCGCCACUAUCAACAAGUAGUGACCUUAAGACCAAAGAAGACUACGCCGCCAGUAGGACCCCCACCACCACCACCACCACUGACAACAGCAGCACCAGCACCACAGCGCCCCACCACUAUGAAGAAGGCGGCGGCGUGGUGGGCGGUGGUGGCCGUGGCGGCGGCGGCGACCCUGGCAGAGGAACAGAGUGGCGGAGAGUCCAGCCCGUGGCUGCCCGCCACCCACACCGCCUCGUGGCCGUGGUGGGCGGCGCUGGGCGGGGACGCCAACGCCUGGUACUCUGCAGAGAACGGCGAGGGUGAGGAGGAGGAGGCGUCGGCUGGCCCUUGGCUGGCCAAACGACAGCCACCCCACCGCCUGGGCUCCCUGGUGGACCUGUACCGCACGGUGGCCCGCGGCCUGGACCCCUUCACCACCAAGCCCGUCAUGGCUACGCCCGAGCGACGCUCAGGUCGCUGGCCCGCCGCGUGCAAAUUCAACCCGUUCGGUUUCGUGUGUUGGAACUCGGCUCGGAGGGGCCCAGUGAUGCGUCAGCGACCCCUCCAGUACACCCAGUAACGCCCCGCCCCGCCCAGCCUCGCCCCUACCACGGCCUGACUGUACCGACCUGCCAGGCCUGCUGAGGCUGCCUGCACCACCUGCCGGGGAGGAGGCUCCUGUGCCACGCCCGCCGCCCAUCGCUGGCUCAGGAUAGCAAUGACCCUCGGCGCCACAUUCCCCAACACAAAGUCACCCCACCAGUCCUUCCCUCCACCCCCGCCCCUUGAUGCCCCUCCUUCCAUCCAGCAGCAUUCUUUCUUUCCCUCAUUCCUGCCCAUCCUCACCCUGUCCUACCCCGGCCCCGCCCGUGAUGACACCCUCCUCACCUACCACAACAGAUGACCACCCCGGCACCGACCCCAGCAGUGCUUCCCGCUAUGUACGUUUUGUAUCCGUACAUGUGUCUGUUCAUCUCACUCAUGUGCGCCGCAGCAACUUUAGAACAAAAUAAAUCUUAACAUUU